GUCGCGGGAGCAGUGACGCAGCCAGCGCGCGGUGACGCCCGCGCGGCGCGGUGCACGCUGGGAUAUUUAAGUCUUCUCCGCGGCGCGGAGCCGCAAUGUCUCCGGCGGCCGCGGUGCCUGGAGGAGGCGAGCGGCGGCGGCCGAUAGCGAGUGUCAGGGACGGCCGGGGCCGGGGCUGGGGCUGCGGUGGGGCGGCGCUCCUCGGCCUAUCGCUGCUCGGCCUCGUGCUGUACCUGGUCCCGGCGGCGGCUGCGCUGGCCUGGCUGGCCGUGGGGGCUACCGCGGCCUGGUGGGGAGUGAGCCACAAGCCCCGAGCUUCGCCCGCCUUCUCCUCGCUGGUUCGGAACGCGCGGCGUCAGCGAACGCUGCUGACCUCACCUCCGGCCAAGUCAACGGUAAACGGAAACCUCCUUGAGCCGCGGACCCUCCUGGAAGGACCCGACCAUGCUGAACUGCUCCUAAUGGGCAGUUACCUCGGCAAGCCCGGCCCUCCACCGCUUGCCGCGGCCCUGGAGGCCAGGAACCUGCGGGAGAGGCCUGGCCGCCACCCGCCGGCCCGCUCCUCGCCGCUGGCUCACUCGCCCCCGGCUCACUCGCCCCGUCGCGUUGACCACAUUCACCCUUCUCUCCCUAACCCCCUUCUCCCACCCUCCAGGAGGCCCUCCCAUAGGGAUUGUGGGACUUUAUCAAAUCGGUUUCUAAUAACACCUCGAAGACGAUAUCCAAUCCAGCAGGCCCAGUAUUCCCUUCUGGGGGUACUUCCCACAGUGUGCUGGAAUGGUUGUCACAAGAAGACUGUGCUAUCUGCUCGUAAUUCCAAAAUGGUGUGCAGCCCAGUAACAGUGAGGAUUGCUCCUCCCGAUCGCAAAUUGACUCAUUUUCCAGUGCCAGAGCAGUUAAUCAGCUCAACACUGUCCUCACCAUCAAGUAAUGCUCCAGACCCAUGUGCAAAAGAGACUGUACUGAAUGCCCUCAAAGAGAAGAAGAAAAGAACAGUGGAGGAGGAAGAACAAAUAUUCGCUGAUGGCCAGGAAAAUAAAAGAAGGCGCCAUGAUAGCACUGGAAGUGGACAUUCAGCAUUUGAGCCCAUGGUGGCCAAUGGAGUUCCUGCUGCUUUUGUGCCUAAGCCUGGGUCUCUGAAGAGAGGUCUCAAUUCCCAGAGCUCAGAUGACCACUUAAAUAAGAGAUCCCGCACCUCUUCUAUGAGCUCCAUGACCAGCACGUAUACAGGUGGCAUUCCUAGCUCCAGCCGCAAUGCCAUUACUAGUUCAUACAGUUCUACUCGAGGUGUCUCUCAGCUAUGGAAGAGAAGUGGUCCCAGUUCAUCACCCUUCUCCAGCCCAGCCUCCUCCCGCUCCCAGACACCAGAGAGGCCAGCAAAGAAAAUAAGAGAAGAGGAACUUUCUCAUCACUCCAGUUCCUCGACUCCAUUAGUAGCUGACAAGGAGUCCCAGGGAGAAAAGGUUGUAGAUACAACCACAUGGAAGAAACAGAACUUGUGGAGUUCCCCGUCUCCCCCGGGCAGCUCUGGGCAACGUAAACGGAAGAUCCAGCUGCUUCCCUCCAGGCGAGGGGACCAGCUGACGUUGCCUCCACCACCCCAGCUUGGUUAUUCAAUAACUGCUGAAGACCUGGACUUUGAAAAGAAAGCUUCAUUACAGUGGUUUAACAAGGUCUUGGAGGAUAAGACUGAUGCCACCUCAAACUCUGUCACUGAGAACCCACCCACCACUCAGCCUUCUUUUACUUUUACCCUGCCUGCUGCUGCGACUGCUUCCCCCCCAACCUCCCUCCCAGCCCCAAGCACUAACCCGCUGUUGGAGAGCUUGAAGAAGAUGCAGAAUUCCCCGGGCGUCCCAUCCUUCCCAGACUCUGCUGAAGUGGCACCCACUGUGGCCCCUUCGCCACCGAAGACACCCAGCCUCCUCGGCGUUCUUGGCUCUUCACAGUCAGCGCCCCUUCCAGGCACCUCCUCAGACUCCAAAUCCACAGUCACUUUCUUGGGGCUGACCCCUGCUUCCUCCACAGUGUCAGUCACUGACACCACCAAGUCACCUCUGGCCACUCAGGCUGAGACAACUGCCAAAUCCCAAACCCUGCCUACCACAUUCCCCACCCCCAAGCCAAGUAUUCUGUCUGGAAUGCUGAGUACCCCACCUGCUAACCCUUCUGCCCCUACAGCUCCUGCUGUGUCUUCAGCAUCUCCCAAGUUCAAGCCCAUUUUUGGGGUCCCACCUAAAAGCGAGAAUGAGGGCCCCUUGCCAUCUAGCCCUACCAAGGUCACAGCCACACCCUCUUCCAGCUCUGCCCUCCCCACAACUACCAGCACCUCAUCGGUCACUUUCAAGCCUAUCUUUGGCAGCAUGGGGCCACCUACAUCUGUGCCCUUGUCAACUCCCUUCUCCUUCAUUCAAACAACUACUCCAGCCACAACCACAGUCGCCCCUGUCUUCACUGGCCAGGCCAGUGCCACCUCAACAGUGGCUUCUGUCACCACCGCCAGCACCUCCACAGACUCGGCUUCGAAACCUGUCUUCGGCUUUGGUGUGAGCACUGUGACCAGCGCCAUGGGCAGCGUGACUGGCACCACCACUUCCACGUCCCAGCCUUUCCUCUUUGGGACUCCCCCUGCCUCUGGUGCCAGCUUUACCCCAGCCAUGGGCUCCAUAUUCCAAUUCGGCAAGCCUCCUGCCAUGCCUACUUCAACAGCAGUUACCACCUUUGGCCAGUCCCUACCCAGUGCCGUGCAGGCAGCCGCCAGCAGCAGUAGCAGCACCGGUUUUAGUGGUUUUGGCAGCACCCUGACAGCCUCAGCCCCGGGCACCGCCAGCCAGCCUACACUGACAUUCAGUAGCACCACCACCCCAGCAUUCAACAUUCCUUUCGGCUCAAGCACCAAGACCCCUCUCCCAUCAUACCCAGGAGCCACCCCCCAGCCUGCAUUUGGGGCUGCUGACGGGCAGCAGCAGGGGGCUACCAAGCCAGUGCUCGCCCCCAGCUUUGGCAGCUCUUUCGCUUUUGGAAACUCUGCUGCCCCGGCCCCAACGGCAGCACCAGCGCCAGCGCCAGCCCAGCCAGCCUUUGGCAGCACUGCGCAGUCAGCUUUUGGUAGUUUGAAAGCCACAGCCUCUUCCUUUGGCACCCCUGCCAGCACCCAGCCAGCCUUUGGCAGCACCACACCUGUUUUCUCCUUUGGUGCAGCCACCACCUCUGGUUUUGGAGCUACAACCCAGACCACCAGCAGCGGUACCAGUAGCUCAAUGUUUGGCAGCACAACACCGUCACCCUUCACCUUUGGGAGCUCGGCAGCCCCCACUGGCAGUGGGGGUUUUGGGACCAAUGUUGCCACCCCAGGCUCCACCUCCACCUCUGGAGCAUUCAACUUCGGAGGAGGACAGAGUGGGACCACCGGCGGCACUGCCCCAUUCGGGGGGGUCCUGAGUCAGAACACCCUGGGCAUGCCCAGCCAGAGCACAGCCUUUGCCUUCAGUGGGGCCAGCACACCGGAGAGCAAGCCCGUGUUUGGAGGCACCUCCACACCCAACUUUGGUCAGAGCACCCCUGCCCCUGGGGUAGGCACAUCGGGCACCAGCCUCUCCUUUGGGGCAUCCUCAACACCCACCCAAGGCUUUGUUGGAGUCGGACCCUUCGGAUCGGGCGCCCCUUCGUUUUCAAUUGGUGCAGGAUCCAAGACCCCAGGGGCUCGACAGCGACUGCAGGCCCGAAGACAGCACACCCGCAAGAAAUAGCCUUUGUCCCUUGCCUCCAUUCCCCCCACCCCUUGCCCCAAUCUGGACUUUGGCACCUGCUAGGAAGAGCCUCUGAUCUGUCUAGUACCACAAAGCAGACCUACCCUAGAACUCUGGCUUCAGCCUGGGGAGGUAGUAGCCGUCCUGGGGCCACCCCACCCCCCACCCCCUACUGCGGAAGCAGAGCCUCAGGCCUCUUGGAGAUGGGCAGGAUGUGGCAGGGCAGAAGCCUGAUACCUUUACUUGAACAGUUCCACUGGUGAGGCUGGAGAGAAUUAAAGAAACAUCUGUACAUAUCAUCCACUUCCUUCCUGACUUUAGUAUAUAAGCUCAGUCAGGCAGCCUCCCCGCCGCACCCCCCCACAC